AUGCAAUACCCCUAUUUAAUAUCAAGAACUUUAGAUCCAAUAGUUGGUGUCGGAAUAGGUAUUUUAUCAUAUUAUUCCUAUGAACAGAGAGUUGGCCGCAAACCAGGACAUUCAUUAAAUGAGUUGGUACUGAAAAAGUUUUACAAUUGGAAAAAUAAGAAUUGA